UGCUUUCCAAGUGCUAUUGCAAGUCAUGUAGCUGCUGAACAUCCAAGUAAAUGUCUGGUUGAGGUCCUGAUUGCCAUUAGCAGUGUUACCUCUCCUUUGUUGUUCACAGCUUCUGCAUACUUAUCCUUCAGUAUCAUGCAAGUUGUUGACAUCUUUAAAAGUUAUCCACCUGCUGUUAAACAAUCUUACGAUGUACUCCUGUUGCUUCUGAUGUUGAUGCUACUAAUUCAGGCAUGCCUUACUAUUGGAACUGUAAUACAGUGUGUAAAUUACAAGGCAAAAAUGAAACUACAGGAUUCGUCAUGGACAGCAUCACAGGUUAAAAAACAGGAGUACAGAACAACAGAGGUUUCCAAUAAUACCUUAAAGGAUUUUGACAAAGACAAAGCCUGGAAAGCAGUUGUGGUGCAGAUGGCUCAGUAGUUUGGAUUCUGCAAAUGCAGCCAAUACAGUACUAUCCAAUACAGUAAAUCAACUGUUUGAAUUAAGGCUUAAAAACUUUUAAGUUUAUAAGCAGCAAUAUAGUUACAGCAGUAGGAGCCAAGGAAUAACACAGUAAAUAAUGUGCCUUUCUAAUAACUUUGAAAUAUAUUGAUAAUAUUUUUAACACAUCUGUCUUUUCUAUUGGUAUCUGUAUUCUGGUGUUGCUUUAGAAGAUACUUAGAAAAAGGUAAUGAGUCACACAGAUUUAUGCUGAUGGCAAAGUAAAAUAUGACAAUAUGUAGUAGGCUUCGUAUAUUUGCAAGAGAUUGUUGUAACUGCAGUUAUGCAGUCAGUGUAACUGAUAAAUGCUUUUGUAAAGUUAUGAGUACAAGUCAUAAUUGAUAUUUUUGCUUAUACUUCAUUUUUGUAGGAGUUGUGAAAUUGUUUUGCAUCUCAUUGCUUUUAUAUAAAUAAAAGUCUUUAUUAUGUAGAAACUCAA